AUGUUCUACAGAGGAUAUGGAGAUGGUCCUGAUGGGCGUGAAAUGGGACCUAAGCGUCAGAGAAUGAUUGAUCAAGGUCCUCCAGGGCCGUUCUAUGCACCACAUCCUGGUUCUGGCUUUAUGUAUAACCCUUAUGGAUUCGUUUCUCCUCCACCUCCUCCUGCUUUUCCAGUGGUUCGGCUCCGUGGUCUUCCUUUUGACUGCGCAGAGCUCGACGUAGUAGAGUUCUUCCAUGGUUUAGAUGUGGUUGAUGUCUUGUUUAUUCACAAGAACAAUAAGCUCACUGGAGAAGCCUUUUGCGUUCUCGGCUAUCCUCUUCAGGUCGAUUUCGCGCUCCAUAAGAAUAGGCAGAACAUGGGAAGGAGAUAUGUUGAGGUUUUCAGGAGUACGAAACAAGAGUACUAUAAGGCUAUUGCUAAUGAGGUUGCGGAGUCUCGUGUCCAUGGUGGCAAUGCUGGUGGAGGUGGUGGGAGUGGAGGAGGAGGAGGAGGUGGUGGUGGAAGCGGUGGAUAUUCGCCGCCUCGGAGAAAUGUGCAGAGGGCUAGGUCGAGCGACGAUGGGAAAGAGAAUGCAGAGCAUACGGGUGUGUUGAGAUUGAGAGGAUUGCCGUUCUCAGCAGGGAAAGAAGACAUAAUAGACUUCUUCAAAGAUUUUGAGAUAUCUGAAGACUCUGUUCAUGUUACUGUUAACGGUGAAGGGAGACCAACAGGGGAAGCGUUUGUGGAGUUUGGGAGCGCUCACGAGUCGAGAGCUGCGAUGGUCAAGGACAGGAAAACGCUUGGGAGCCGUUACAUUGAACUGUUCCCUUCUUCGGUUGAAGAGCUAGAAGAGGCGCUAUCAAGAGGAAGGUGA